AUGGAUCUCAAUAAGAUCGUGGCUGGUAUCAACUCCCUGACGAAUGACCCGGCCAUCGAGCAGACGGUGCAAGUGGCCCAGCAAAUAAGGCAUCCAUCCUACCAGGAAGAUUUUAACGUCGCAAUCAACGACGUCACCAUCUUCCAGCUGAAGACCAGUUUAUCCCUGGGCGGCAACGUACAGGCCAUACCGCUGCCUACCUCUCGAUCCGUCCCAAGUGCUGGAUCGUCGGCGACGCUGUCCGGCUGGGGCAGCACCAGCACCAGAAUCGGCAUGUUUCCGGACAUGCCAGACAUCCUGCAGUGGGUCGACGUCACCGCCAUCAGCAACACGGAGUGCGCGCAACUGGUGCCCGACAGCCCGGUCAACGACAACAACGUCUGCACCGGCCCCGUCGACGGGAGCAUCUCCGCUUGCACGGGCGACUCUGGCGGUCCGCUGACCCAGGAUGGCACCCUCAUCGGAAUCGCCUCGUGGGGCAUCUGGCCCUGUGGAACUGUGGGAGCCCCCUCCGUCUUCACCCGGGUGGCCGCCUACACGCACUUCAUCAACCAGUACAUUUAG